CUCAUACGUCUGCACCACGAGAUCGUGGACUUUUGCCGGUACCUCGAGCCCACCGCGGAGGAAUCGUCCGCGAGAACCGCGGCGGUUGAGCGAGUGCGGGGGGCGGUGCUCUCGAUCUGGCCGGGCGCGAGGUUCGAGGUGCACGGGUCGUUCGCGACCGGCAUGUACCUGCCAAACUCCGAUAUCGACGCCGUGAUACUGGGCAGCGGGUGCAAGUCCCCGGCGACCUGCCUCAAGGCGCUGGCGCUGUCGCUAUCGCGGAAGGGAAUGGCGAGGAAGAUCCAGCUCAUCGCGAAGGCGAGAGUGCCCAUCGUAAAGUUCGAGGAGCGACCCAGCGGAUUCCAGUUUGACGUAUCCUUCGACGUCGCGAACGGACCAGCGUCCGCCGAGAUCGUCCGCGCGAACAUGCGCCGGUUCCCAGCGCUCAGGCCGCUCACGACGGUUCUCAAGGCUUUCCUGCAGCAGCGAGCUCUUAACGAAGUGUACACGGGCGGGGUGGGUUCUUACGCCUUGCUGUGCAUGGUGAUGGCGCACCUGCAGCUGCACGAUUCGAAGGAAACCGCGUACUCGUGGGCCGGGGACGGGGGCGGCGAGGCCGCAGCGGAGGGUUGCCUGGGUGCCUUACUCAUAGACUUUUUCGAGCUAUACGGGCGUAGGCUCAACAUGGAGGAGGUUGGGGUGUCUUGUCGAGGCGGCGGCGCUUUUUUCGCAAAGAAGGACAAGACCUGGUCAGAUCCCGGCAGGCCCUUCCUGUUGGCCAUAGAGGACCCCCAGGACCCCACGAACGAUCUCGGCAGAAACUCAUACGGCGUGAGGCAGAUCAAAUCCGCGUUCGAGCACGCGUUUACGCUCAUGACCGCGCCGGUGGCGAGCAAG